AUUCACAAGGUUCAGGGUGAACUGCUAAUAGCAGAGAUUAUGACAGACUGCAUUUUGCAGGAGCUUCUCCCUCAGUAAAUAACUCAAACCUUGGUUUUCAGAGUCAGCUACGGUGCAGCGAUGAUCUUCACAGCGUUCCCGGUUUAUGCAGUCUUUUUCGCUCUGUGGGCCCCGGGUGCCAGGACUGAAGACAGCUUCAUUGCCGCCGUUUAUGAGCACGCGGUCAUUUUGCCCAACGGAACCCAAACCCCUGUGACUCAGGACGAUGCCUUGAUGCUGAUGGACAAAAAUCUUGAUGUGUUGGAGAAAGCCAUUAAACAGGCAGCCUCUGAGGGGGCACACAUUAUUGUGACUCCAGAAGAUGGCAUCUAUGGCUGGGUCUUCACCAGGGACACACUCUACCCUUACCUGGAGGAUAUCCCGGACCCUCAGGUCAACUGGAUUCCGUGCACUGAUCCCAACAGAUUUGGCCGUGCUCCAGUGCAAAAACGACUCAGCUGCCUAGCCAGAGACAACUCCAUCUAUGUGGUGGCCAACAUGGGAGACAAGAAGCCAUGUAACACCACUGACUCCCAGUGCCCCAGGGAUGGCCGAUACCAGUACAACACCAACGUGGUCUUUGGUGCAGAUGGGAAGCUAGUGGCACGUUACCACAAGUACAAUCUCUUUGAACCUGAAGUUCAGUUCGACUUUCCAAAGGACUCACAGGACGUGACCUUCGAAACCCCCUUUGGAAAAUUUGGAAUUUUCACCUGCUUUGACAUUUUUUCACACGACCCCGCCGUGACCGUUGUGGAAAAAUACCAAGUGGACAGUGUACUGUACCCUACAGCUUGGGAUAACACUUUGCCUCUUUUGUCAGCCGCUCCAUUCCACUCUGCCUGGGCUAGGUCGAUGAGAGUCAAUCUGCUUGCAGCUAAUACACAUAACACCAGUAUGCAUAUGACAGGAAGUGGAAUCUACGCUCCGGAUGGGAUCAGGGCGUUCCACUAUGACAUGGAGACAGAGAGCGGUCAGCUCCUGCUUUCAGAGCUGAAGUCCAGGCCCCGUCUCUGGCCCAGCUACCCCGUCGCUGUUGACUGGAGCGCUUACGCCAAACAUGUCAAGCCACCCUCGAGGGAGUACAAGAAGUUUGGAGGGAAAAUUUAUUUUGAUGAAUUUACCUUCACCGACCUCAUCCAGGCUGGGGAAAACUACACCGUCUGUGAGAACGACCUUUGCUGCCAUUUAAGCUACAAGAUGACUGAGAAGAGAGCAGAUGAAGUCUUUGUUCUCGGAGUCUUUAAUGGGCUCCACAUAGUCGAGGGCCAGUAUUAUUUGCAGGUGUGCACCCUGUUGAAGUGCCAAACAACCGACUUGAGAACUUGCGGGGAGCCAAUUGGAUCUGCUUUCACCAAGUUUGAAGAGUUUUCCCUCAGCGGCACAUUUGGCACAAAUUACGUCUUCCCCCAGGUCAUCUUGAGUGGAAGUCAGCUUGCCACAGAACAACAGUAUGAGGUCACCAGCGAUGGUCGUUUGAGAAACCGAGGUUCAGUACCCCUGCCGAUAUUGGUGAUGGCGCUGUAUGGGAGAGUCUAUGAGAAGGAUCCACCACGCCUGGGGCAAGGGGUCCGACCGCUGAGGCCACUCUGACCAGCUUUAGGUCAGGAAAAACUUUCUCUCUGGUUUUAAUAAGCUGAAACCACUGGGGAAGUAGCUUGAUCUAGUGGAUCUAGACUUCUAGACUGUGAGCCCGCUGUUGGGUAGGGACCGUCUCUAUAUGUUGCCAACUUGUACUUCCCAA